GUGGAAAUGGGGGGGGGGGGGCUUUCCUGGGUUAAAUAUAUGUACGGUACUGUAGUGCAUGAUGGAAGCCAGAACUCCUGGGUUCACCAGCAGUGAAUCGCAGAUUAGUUCUUCUGACACACUAGACCACUAGUCACAAUCUAGCUUAGAUCCCACUCCUCCUUCUGUCUUUCGGUGCAAAUGCUUAUGAAUUAAUUGCAAUCUGCAUUUUGUGUUUGCGAGUGUAGAACCAGAGAUCGUCGAUUAUUCCCGAUAAAAGAUGGAUGCGUGUGAUUUUUCUUUCUGCCCUUUUUCAAGGGGCUCGUAACCUUAACACGUUUAACCUUCUGCACUGGCCGCUUUUCGCUGCGGAGUUCUGUGAAUGUUUACUCGGAUACCCUGUGCUGAACGAUCUGGAGGAAAAUAAAGUGUGAAUAGUGGGGGAAGGAAAGCUAAGAACACUCAAUAGGAGAAAGUUAUAAACCAGCACUCUUUUGAUGGCUUUCCCACAUUUUGGACACCAGAUUGAACGUCAAGACAGAACCUCUUCCGUCCCAUCCAAGCCAUGUCUGUAGGCUCCAGUCUGGUGAGGAUGAGUGCCCUCUUCCGGCCACGCCUUCUGAUGUUACUGGACCACCCGCAUCGCGCUGUCCACGCCUCCUGUGCUGCCUUCGCCGGACACAACAAAUGGUCCAAGGUCAAAAACAUUAAGGGUCCGAAGGAUGAAGCUCGGGGCCGUGUCUUCCAGAAGCUUAGCAUGUUGAUCCGACUGGCUGUAAGAGAAGGUGGACCCAACCCAGAACUGAACACGAAUCUUGCCAAUAUUAUUGAGCAGUGCCGCAGCAAGAGCAUGCCCAAGGCCUCCAUCGAAGCAGCACUCACCCGCGGGGAAAAAAUCAAAUCGUCCUACCUUCUGUAUGGGGUGCGAGGCCCUGGCGGCUGCACCCUACUAAUUGAGAUGCUGACAGACAAUACGAAAAGGUCCUUCAAUGAAAUCCGGCAUCUUCUGAACAAACACGGAGGACAACUUGUCGACGGGGCCCAACAUAACUUUGAGAAGAAGGGCGUUGUCACGGUGAGCAGCGAGAACCGGUCCGGCAGCACCAUCACCUUGGACCAGGCCCUGGAGCUGGCUAUCGAGGCUGGAGCGGAAGAUGUCCAAGAGGAGGAAGAUGAGAACGAGAAGAUGCUUCUGAAGUUCGUUUGCUCUGUGCCAACAUUGCGCCAGGUCCGUGAAAAGCUCGACUCGCUGGGCCUCUGUUCUGUCUCUGCCGGCCUCGAGUUCAUCCCGACCAUCAGCACCCAGUUAUCGGACGAGGAGAUGGAUCAGGCGUCGCGGCUGCUGGAGGCUCUGCGGGACAACCUGGAUGUCGUCCGGGUGUACGACAAUAUUGCAUAGAUUGAUGAGCCUCCCUGGAAAACCUCUCUCGGCAUCAGCGGGAGCGGCAGAAGACUGCUAUAAGCUGUGGCCUGAUGUGCACCAUGUCAGAAGCCUUGCUGCAAGGUCAAAUUUGAGGUGCCUUUUCUGAGCAGUUAAGUUUGGCAGCCAGGAAGGAGGGUUACUGUGCUGCUGACUUUUCUCUCAUAGUUAAUGGUACCUUACCUGGAGGCAGGCCCACACUGUGAGCAAAAUCUAAGGGGCCCUCGAGCAGCUGUGGAUGUCAAGUGAGCACUCUGGAAAGGCUGGAUUCUGGCCCUGUUUUCCACACUUCUUCUGCUGGAAAAUCCAAGGAGUGUUCACUACAAAGGCCUCCUCCUUGAAGCCGCGACAUUCUCUGGAGUUCCAGUACUGAAGCAAGGUCCAUGGACUUUUAGUCUUAUUGAUGACCCAAGAACAGCCAAUGAAUUGAGGUUAUUCAUGAGCCAGCAAUGGCAUAGUUACUGAAUGCCUCACUACCUCACCACCUGACUCGAUGCCCAAAUGAUCCAAAUGGGAUUUUUAUGUUUUCUCUGGCAUUGUUUGGAGGUGGGUGUGAUUGCUCAAUAACCCUGCAAGGGCAAAAACCUUUGAUAACAUUGCCCACUUUGUAAGAGUGGAAGGCUGCAAAGCAACAUGAGGCCGAAAGCAGGUGUCAUGUUUUUAAGUGUGGUGGAAGCAGUCUGAAAGCUGACAUGUAUUUUGCCUUGGAAGACAUUUGUUGUCAAGAGGCAGAAGAUGGUGUGUUCAACAAGCCACAAUUCAUGUCUUUAUCCUGAGUGUUGCCUGACGUUUGGAGAGAGCUAAUUAAAGUUUUGUGUUUGCUGUA